AUGCCAGACUGGAUACGCCCAUCCGAGGCUAUCGCUUUCGACAAUCGUCCUACCAGCGUCAGCCUCUACACUCCGUACCUCCGCCUCGUGCUCACCUCCAAGUCUUCGCGCAACAUUCGCGAUGUAGCGCUCCGUGAGCUGAUGCUCGACCCUAACAUCGACAACCCCUCCCGUCUCGGUGGAGGCUUCAUCCUCGGCCGUGGCCCAGACUCCGGCCGUGCACCCAAAGAGCUGUCGUCACGUGUCAUCUCCCGUCAGCACGUCCAACUGCUCGUUGAUAAGGACGGUGCAGUGUUCCUCGUCGACCUGAACAGCACCCACGGGACCAUCGUUCGCCGCGGUGGAGACAGUACCAAGGUUCACGGCAAGCAGCCUGUCCGCCUCCUCGACGGCGACCAGGUAACCCUCGGCCGCCCCGUCCUCAGUGGCAACCUCCACGACGCCGUCCGCUUCAAGAUUGUGUUCCGCCACGAGAUCCCUGACGCUACCAGGCUCAGCUGUCCCUACAUGGCCAGCUUCUUCGCGACUUCCAAGGACGUCCCCGCCAUCGACGGCGCUCUGUACCCCAAGCCCACUGGCCCCAUGCCCAACUUGGCUGGUCGGUACGGCUUAGAGCCAUCGAUGCUGUAUGAGUCUGAGCCCGAGUCGCUUCUGCCUCGCGGCGGCUCUGACAGCCCCACCAAGAACGUCGAGGUCAUCAACGUCGUCGACGACAGCGACGACACGGGCGGCAGCAGUGAUGACGACGAUGACGGGGACGUCAAGCGUCUUCCCCCCGCGGAGCAGUCUUCGCCACCCACUAGCGUCGAUUCGCAGGACAAGAGCGACGAGGCGGACGAGGGAGUCUUUGACCCUGAGAUCACGAUCUGUAUUCCUUCCUCGAUCGUCGAGUACGAGUCCCAGGACAAUGCAGAGGAAGACGACGACGACGAUGAUGAUGCACAGGAGUCGGAGGGCCGCCCCUCUCAGGAGCCAUCCGGCAUUCCUGCCGCCCCAAAGCACAUGCUCUACGAGGACAACAAGGAGAAGGCUAUCAAGGAGGAAGAUGAUCCCGUCGAGGAUCAGCACGAUGCACCAACCAACGACAGUGACAAGGAAGAUGAGGACGAGGAGGACGAGCCGCACAGCGUCCGCAUGCCGUCGCUGAAGGGAUCAAUCGAACUCCCCAUCAUUGACGGGCCCAUCAAGCUUCCCAAGCUCUCUGGUCCCCUUGAGAUCCCCUUCCCUGGAGUUCUCGAUCUCGCGGGUGACUCUGUCGCCAGCUCGGACGAGACCCGCAGGUGGAGCCGGCUCAACCUCGACUCUGCCAGCUCUGCUGACCCCGACAGCGUCAUGAUGAGCUUCAUCGCCGAGCCCGCGCCUGCUCAGCCGUCCUUUUCCAGGUCCCACGACGAGGGUGAGGAGUACGAGUCGUGGCUCGCGGGCGACCGCUCGCGCAGCUCGUCGCAGGACGCCGAGGAGGAUGAUGGCAUGGGCUCCGACUAUCCCGAGAACGAGGAGGAGCACGACCAUGACUGCAACGAGUGCGGCUGCGACGACGAGGACGGUGAAGAUGCUAGUGACCACGAGUCUGUCGCCUCCGAGUCUGACGAGGUGUAUGGAACAGCCAUCGAGAUUGAGCCCACCUACACGCCCGCCGACGAUGAGGACGUCUCCUCCGAAUUAUCCGACCCCCAGAGCGCCAUGAGCGAGGACGAGGAGGAGUCAAACUCUGAGGCUGAGGAUGAAGCCUCUGAUGUUGAUGCCUCUGACGAUGAGGUGUCUGACGGCGGCGAGUACCUCACCAUUGAUCCCGAACGCUUCUACGACGACGACUCCGAGUCUGACUCUGACGCCGAGUCGGCGCACGACGACGAGCACGUGUCCGAGGAUGAGGAGGAUCAGUCGGAGGAUGAGGGUCUCCCUAAGAUGUCGGCGAUCUCGGAGCUCAAGCUCGACAGCAGCACGCCGAGCAAGACGUCGGCUACAGCCACUGAGAACCACCCCGUGCUUGGACUCGCGUACCUGUCGGACCUGCACGAUUUGGACUUUUCCGCCAGCGCCGACUUUGCACCCGGUAGCGUGCGCAACGUCACCUUCAGCGGCGACCUCGAUUACGAUUUUACGUUCAAGGCGCCCAAGACUGAAUCCCAAGUCCAGGCCACCCAGAGCAGCGCCAGCAGCAAGCUGCCACCCUCGCCUGCCAACUCGGCAGGCGCCAGCAGCCUCAGCAAGGCGUCACAGACGCCCGAGACCAAGUCGUCGGUCCUGCCUUCGGUCGGACUCGCGACACCCCCGUCGCCUCUUCCCCGCCAGCUGAUGCACGUUGAGGCGGCCGCGCAGACGAGCUCUCCGCGCAAGCGCACCCACGAGGAGAUGGAGGAGGCAUUCGAGACGGCGCCGUCACUCGUUGAGCCGCUCAAGGUCGAUGCUCCGCAGACUACCACCACGACGGUGGUCACCGAGACGGCUACCGUCGCCGACCCCCGACCACGCAAGCGCCGCCUCCUGGAGCGCUUCGGGUUCACUGCCGGCGUCGUCGUCGGUGCUGCCGGCAUGUUCGGCACGCUCCUUUUCCUGGGGGAGGAGUAG